AUGAGUGGACGACGAGGAAGACCGUCGACCCGUGCCCGAGGCAACUGGGCCAUCCCUACUCCAGUUCCUAGACCCAUUCCUGAGCCUGCACCUGUUCCUACCCCUACACCUCCACCUGCACCGGCCACUCUAGCGGAGUCAGUGGCAGACUUGCGCCAGGAGGUUGGUGAGCUGAGGGGCACCAUGGCUGCCAUGUUGAGGCACUUCGAGAAUUUUAUGGCACAUCAGGGAAGGCAAGAGCAAGUACCACCUGGAGCAAGGAAUGAACCAGGCCUGAAUGAGAACGUUAAUGGUCAGACUUCAAACCCAGUGCCACAGGAGGUGGAGCCCCAUGGAGUGGAUGGCAAUACCGGGAGCCAGUUGGUACGAAAUUUCAUGGCACUGAGACCUUCAGAGUUCCGUGGAGGGACCGACGCCUUGGCAGCAGAGGAGUGGAUGAUGGCAAUGGAGAAACACCUCAGGACGAUAGGGUGCAGUGACACCCAGAAGGUACAGUUGGCUACAUAUCUAUUUCGAGGAGGAGCCGAGAGGUGGUGGGAGACAGUUCGACAGAGGUUUGUGGGCAGGGAGCCGUCAUGGGCGGAGUUCAGAGAGCUUUUCAAUGCCAACUACUUCCCAGCUUGGGUCCGAGAUCAGAAGACAUAUGAGUUUAUUGAGCUGACACAGGGCAAUAGGACGGUGGCGCAGUAUGAAGAGGAGUUCAUCUCUCUGACACGAUUCGCUCCUGAGUUGGUAUGUACCGAGGAAAAGAAAGCAUCCAAGUUCCAAAGAGGUCUGCGAGUGGACAUCAGAUUUCACCUAGCUGGUGCACAGAUCACGAAUUAUGCUACACUGGUGCAGAGGGCACAUAUCAUAGAGAAGGAGAGGAGUGAGCUAAGGGCAGUUCAGGCAGCCGCUAGGGGAUCAGGUUCAACUCGGGGGCAAGGCAAUGACAGGAAAAGGAAGGGAGCACCGGGGUUUUCUGGUAAUGUAACUGACAUUCCUCCCUGCACCACUUGUGGGAAGCGACAUCGAGGUGUAUGUAAGGCGUGCUAUGGUUGCGGGCAGUUGGGGCACAUGAAGAACGAUUGUCCACAAGGGAAAGGUAUAACGGGCAAUAGGGAGGUGACUUGCUACCGGUGUGGAAGAAAGGGGCAUACGUUUAACGUUUGCAGACAACAACCACAACAAGGAGGACAAAGGUAUGGGAACCAAGGUAACAAGAUGGGACAAUGGCAAUCAGUGCCGAGACUUCAAGGGACAGCACCACCAUUGGCACCGCCACUAAGACAGGGCACCACAGACAUUAGUCGACCCCACACCCAGGGACGAGCAUUCGCUUUGACGUCAACAGAGGCAGAGAAGGGAAAGGACACUGUGCAAGGUAUUCUCUCCCUAUAUGACAUUGAUGUGUGUGUUUUGUUUGACACGGGGUCUACACAUUCAUUUGUUGCACCUAGGAUUGUGUGCCACAUUCCAUUUUCUAGUACAUUGUUGCCUUAUUACUUGAUCGUGUCUACACCGGGAGGAGUCGAGUUAGUGGGGAGUGAAAUCUAUAGAGAUUGUAAGAUUAUGGUGCAUGAUAAGGAGUUACCCGGGGAUUUGAUAAUCUUAGACAUACAUGAUUUUGAUCUUAUUUUGGGCAUGGACUGGUUAUCCCGACAUUAUGCCAAAGUGGAUUGUAGAUGUAAGGUUAUCCACUUUGAGUCACCCCAUCAGCCAGUCAUAUCGUAUCGAGGCAUUAAACCGAUGAGUUCCACACCUAUGAUAUCAGCGAUGAAGGCUAAAAAAUUGAUGCGGCAUGGAUGUGAAGCAUAUUUGGCUUUUGUGACCACGGGUAAGAAGAACAAUACAGAACUAUCAGACAUUCCAGUAGUCCGUGAGUUUCCUGAUGUAUUCCCUGAUGAGUUACCAGGGUUGCCGCCACUGAGGGAGGUAGAGUUUUCCAUAGAGUUGAUGCCAGGAACCCAGCCAGUUUCCAAGGCACCUUAUAGAAUGGCCCUGAAUGAAUUAAAAGAAUUGAGGGUGCAACUUGAGGAGUUGAUUGAGAAGGGAUUCGUUCUCCCUAGCGCUUCACCUUGGGGCGCUCCGGUCUUGUUUGUGAGGAAGAAGGAUGGAUCCAUGAGGUUAUGCAUAGACUAUCGUCAAUUGAACCAGGUAACGUUGAAGAACAAGUACCCUCUUCCUCGAGUUGAUGAUUUGUUGGACCAGCUACGUGGAGCCUCAGUCUUUUCUAAGAUUAAUUUGAAGUCAGGGUAUCACCAAGUAAGGGUCAGAGAAGGAGACAUUCAGAAGACUGCAUUUCGUACUAGGUACGGCCACUACGAAUUUGUGGUUAUGCCAUUUGGGCUGACGAAUGCUCCGGCCGUCUUUAUGGAUUUGAUGAAUAGGGUUUUCAGGGAGUACUUGGAUCAUUUUGUCAUUGUGUUCAUCGAUGAUAUUCUCAUUUACUCGCCGAGCUUGGAAGAGCAUGAGAACCAUCUCAGGUUAGCCUUACAGAGACUUAAGGAAAAACAAUUAUAUGCCAAGUUCAGUAAGUGCGACUUCUGGCAACAACAGGUGGGAUUCUUAGGGCAUGUAGUAUCCAAUGAGGGCAUUUAA